GUAAAUUAAAUAGUAUUAAUAAGAGGGACGCCGAAAAGAAAUCAUAAAUCGUUGUCUGUUUGUGUAUCUUCUCCAGGCGAAAUUAGGGUUUUGGUUUCCGCGAUCGGAAAGGAAGAGGUAGAAAGAAUCAAGAAUUCAAAGUUGAGGCAGAGGAGUCCAUCCGUCCCCGAUUCAUCCUUGUCCAUAUGAUACCUCCAGAUCCAAUCCACCUCGCGCCAGGAUUCAUCUGAGAGUUCGAUCUUUCUCUUUUCCUGUUUCGAUUCCUUUUCCGAUUCCCACAAAGCUUAGAACGAUCCUUCCUUAAGCAAUUGAAUUAUGUUCUUAAUCUCAAAUCCUCCUCCCGCCGCCGCUGUUGUUGCCUUCUCCAAUCUCCGUGUUCUCGGCCCUGGUUUGAAUCCAUUCUCCCCAUUUUGCGUCGCCCAUCACUCCUCUCGCUAAAUUUCUCGUCUUUUCGUUUCUACCUUAGCGAAUCAUGUAAACAAGAGUCUUACAGAAAAGAUAUCGUCUUUGCUCUUCGUUCCCUGCCCUUUUCUCAAAUAGGGUCUUAGUGGUAUUUCAUAUUUUGUCUAUUGAUUGUGGAGAAAUUGAAAUCUUUGCCUGGAGGGGAUAAUAGUAUGAUCCAGGAACGUUUGUUGAGGCGAAGCUUUUCAAAGAAGCGGUCUUUCAAGCUUGGUUCCGACAGGGACGACAGGGGAUGGACGACCCUUCACGUCGGCGCAAGGAAGGGUGACGUGAAGGAAGUCAAGCGCCUUUUAGACGAAGGUAUGGAUGUCAACGUGGCUGCAUUGGGCCCCAAAGCGAAAGGGAUGACGCCGCUCCACCUGGCAGCGGAAGGUGGCCAUCUUGAUGUCAUGGACGAGCUACUGGAGCGUGGCGCCAAUAUUGAUGCGAGGACCAAGGGGGCUUGUUGUGGCUGGACACCGCUCCACAUUGCUGCCAAGGAGAAGAAGAUGGAAGCUGUGAAAUUCCUGAUCGAGAAUGGCGCUUUUUUGCCAGAUGACAUGGAGGACUGUAGGUUCAAUCCACCUCUGCAUUACUGCGCUGGUCUGGAGUGGGCGUAUGAAGAAAUGAAGAGGUAUCAGAGUGAGGGGUCCUCAUCAUCGGGUGAAGGAUCUUAUAGCUCUGAGAGCUAAUGGAAGAGUGGGGAAGAUGAUGUGCAUCAUAUGAAGGAAAGCUUUUCUCCCAGCUCAUGGUGUUUAUGGCGAGUUUGCAUCUUAAAUGUUUAUGUUUUCUAUACAGUUUCUGCUGUUUGUCAUUGCAUUGUCUGAAUUUGGAUGUGUCUGUUUAUGGUAUUGAAUUCCCUUUUUAAUAAGAGCUGGAGAUGUUCCAUGAAUUAGUGCAUAUGGUUGUUUGUGUGGUGUAUAAGGCCUUCUCUGCAUGUUGGGUAAAGUUGGCUGAUGGUUGCUAAUUGCUACUAUUGACUAGUAGCUGAACUUUCUGUACCAUUUAGAAGUCUUGAUGGAAUAUGGCAGCACUGUCAUUCUUGGAUUCUUCUAAUGUGCCAUGGUUUGUAAGGGACAAUUAGGGUGUUAAAGGGAUGGAGCAUUCGUCGUACUCUGUCUCACUCUCCUAUGGUUGGUACGCUGCUCUUGCUAUUAUAUCUUCUAUAUCUGGAGAUUUGUAAUGCUAGUUAACUGAGGGCAUAUAUAUUAUUAAGUUCACGUCUUGGAUAGAAUUAGGUAGAUCUAAUCGACAAGUGAGACAAAUUGAGUCUAUAUAUAAUCUGAUUCCAUUUGGACGCACAAGUUCAUUAACUUUUUGGUUUCCAUUCAAUAAAUUCUUCCUGCAAUACAAGAAAGAAAUGGAC